AUGGCUUUGGAUUGUAGUGUAACUUUUUGGCCAACUCAUUGUGUUUUUAAGGACAUCCUUAGCAUCAAGACGAUUUGUGGUGGUACUAGGAAGGGCAAACUCUACUACUUGGACUUGACACCUAAUAGUAAAGCCAUAGUCAGUCAAGCUUUCAAUAUGGGGGGAGAUAGUGUUGAGAAACAAAAAGACAAAGUAUGGUUAUGGCAUAGGCUUCUUGGACAUGCUUCGUUUGGAGCUCGAUGGUUUGCCAUGUUUAUAGAUGAUUGCAAACGUAUGACCUGA